CCGACAGACAAGGCAGAGGCUGACAGACACGCACACAUACACACACACACACACACACUUGGAGGCACUUUCUGCCAACAUGGGCCAGAUACUGAGCUGGAUCCGAGGCCCACGGGACAACCCGGCCCUGCAGGAUGUGGCUGUGGAGGAGCAGUCGCAGCCUAGCCAGGCCACACCUAAACCGGCAGCCCAGGUCUCAGGUGUAAAGCCAGCACAGUUUGAGAAGGCCUCAUCAGGAUCCGCCAUGGCUACAAAGCCUGGGGUGGUUACCACAGCAACAGGCGGAGCCACAGGAAGUGGCGUCACGGCAGGAGGAAGUGCUUCAUUUGGGACAGCAGGAAAAGAGGCACCUAAAUCCAAACCAGAGACUAACACUACGCCGGCAGGUGCUACUGUUAUUGACAUGUCGUCUGCUGGGGCUACUGCUGUUGACAUGACAUCGUCAGGUGCAAGGGGCGGUCCUAAAGAGAUGCCGAAGACUGCACCUGUCUCCCAAGUCAAAACCACAGUUCCUUCUGCUGCUGCUGGAACAGCUGCAGCCGCUGGUCCGGCAGCGACCACUGCUGUGACCAAACCCAAAGACACAGCCAAGAGUACCACCGCCAUCAAAACAGUCAAAGCUGAUGUGUCUAAAGUUGAUCCUGCUAAAACAUCAACGGCUGCGGGUGGAAAUGUGUCUGUGCAUGGGAGAAAAGAAGAAACUAAACCGACACAAACGAAGGUGCAGGUGGAGGUUCCUUCCCCAGCAGCUAAAGGAGCCAAAGAGGCACCUGCGGUGGAUCCAUUCGAUGCCCUGGCCAGCAUACUACCAUCAGCUGAUCCUGUCAUGCCCCGGCAGCCUGUAUACACUGGGCCAGAAGUCACAGAGCAUGGCAUUACCUCUGAGAGGGCUCAGAAGUGUGGAGAAAGAGACGACACGCUGCCUCCAGGCUACAGAUUUGAAGAUAUGGCUCCAGUUCCCGCAGAUGUUAGACCCAAGGACGUUCCUAAACCACUGAGCACAGACGAGGCCCUGGAUUCCCUUUCAGCUGGAUUCAUGACUUCCACUGAUCCAGCUGCACCCAAGAAGCAAGAGAAGAAAGGCCAUGUUGACAGUGUCAGCGCCUCAUCUGCUGGCCCUGCUAACUUUGCACCACCCCCUGUAAAAACUGUGUGUCCUGCUCCUCCUGCUGAUAAGAAAGCCAAGAUGGAGAAAGCCUCCCAUGAUUUCUCUCUGGAGGCUGGACUUCCCUCUGUUCCUGCUACGAAAGCAGUUCCUCCUGUGGCCGUAUGUCCUGCUGCUCCUGCUGAUAACAAGGGUCACUCUAUAUCUGGAGAUGCUCUCAGUGCUCUUGGCGACAUGUUGGCACCAGACGAACCAAAACCUGAAUCCCCCAAACUCAGGCCUGAGGACAUCGUCUCGGAGGGCAAAUUUAAGAAGGAGAAGGGUGUGCGUGUGGGAGAACGCGAGGACACACUUCCUCCAGACUACAGGUUUAAUAAGGAGGAACUCAUGAAACUGGCUCCUCCUAAACCUGAGCCCUCCAUGGGCACCGGUGAGGCUCUGGACAUUUUGUCUGGAGACUUCAUGACCUCCUCUACAGCUCCUGCAGUCAAGGCUCCUGUUGUCACCCCCCCAGCUCCUCCUGCACAGAAAGCCUCUGCAGUUCCCCCUGUGGCUGUGUGUCCUGCUCCUCCUGCUGACAAGAAAGCCAAGAUGGAGAAAGUCUCAGACGAUUUCUCCCUGGAGGCUGGACUUUCAGCUUCCACUGCCACGAGAGUUGAAUCUUCUGCAGUUCCCCCUGCUAAUAAGAAAGCCACUACUAGAAAGGACACCACUGACGGCAAGAUCAAAACUGAUCAGGGUCACUCUAUAUCUGGAGAUGCUCUCAGUGCUCUUGGCGACAUGUUGGCACCAGACGAACCAAAACCUGAAUCCCCCAAACUCAGGCCUGAGGACAUCGUCUCGGAGGGCAAAUUUAAGAAGGAGAAGGGUGUGCGUGUGGGAGAACGCGAGGACACACUUCCUCCAGACUACAGGUUUAAUAAGGAGGAACUCAUGAAACUGGCUCCUCCUAAACCUGAGCCCUCCAUGGGCACCGGUGAGGCUCUGGACAUUUUGUCUGGAGACUUCAUGACCUCCUCUACAGCUCCUGCAGUCAAGGCUCCUGUUGUCACCCCCCCAGCUCCUCCUGCACAGGGCAAAGUAGAGAAUUUAUCAGCUCUGGAGUUACUCGCUGGAGACUUUGUGGCUCCAACUAAAGCUUCUGGAGUUCAGGCCCCCGUCCCUCCUUCUACCAAGAUACCAGAGAGGACAGUUUGUCCACCCGGCAGAAUUGAUGUCAAGCCUGCUCAACCACAACAUGGAAAACCCAAGAUUGAGAAGGGUGACUCUCUGUCUCUGGAUGCUCUCAGCGCUCUUGGCGACACGUUGCCAGCUGAUGUACCAAAACCUGAAUCCCCCAAACUCAGACCAGAGGACAUUGUCUCGGAGGGAAAAUUUAAGAAGGAGAAGGGUGUGCGUGUGGGAGAACGCGAGGACACACUCCCUCCAGAUUACAGGUUUAAUAAGGAGGAACUAAUGAAACUGGCUCCUCCUAAACCUGAGCCCUCCAUGGGCACCGGUGAGGCUCUGGACAUUUUGUCUGGAGACUUCAUGACCUCCUCUACAGCUCCUGCAGUCAAGGCUCCUGUUGUCACCCCCUCAGCUCCUCCUGCACAGUCCUCUGGAGACUUUGCUCUGGAUGCCUUGGCGGGAGACUUUGUUGCCUCCAGUGCUGCUCCGACGGUGAAGUCUGCUGCUUGUGUUCCCACAAAAACUCAACCAGGGAUGGAAGCAGGAGCAGACAACGCCCUGGAUGCUCUGUCAGACACCUUGAAGGAUAUCACACCCGCCCCUCAGCCCAUCCCAGUUGUUCCUGCCAAAGACAUUGUCAAGGAGAAAAAGAUUGUUGAGGAGAAGCUGAUUAAGAUGGGAGAGAGAGACGACACGCUGCCUCCAGAGUAUCAGCCCUCUGAGGAAGAUCUUAAGAAAAUGGCAGAAGCAAAGGCAAAAGCAGCUGCAGCACCAAAGGAGAAGACCAUGGAUGAUAACACAGCCUUAGACCUGCUUUCCUGUGAUUUCUCUGCUGCUCCCAAGCCUGCUGCACCAGCUGCAUCAUCUGCAGCCACAACAAAGCUGGAACCUCCUGUGCUCGACUCAGAGCCCCUGAAGCCAAUGGCUGGUGCUGUUCUGGACUCCCUGUCUGGCACCCUGCUCCCAGACGCCCCAGAGUCCAAAUCUAAAACAGACAAAUCAAAGGGCAAGAGCAAGUCAAAGUCAAAGUCAAAAAAACACCAUGCUGAAGAGCCGUCUGCCACUGACCAGCUGUCAGCGCAGCUAAGCUCAGACGUUGUGCCAAGAUCUACAAAGCAGGGAGGCAAGAGCUAGAGCACUUGGUUGUUGGGGCAAUUUGUCCUCAAGGCCACAGGGACGCAUCAGUGAGGGAGCUGCUCUCCGGAAAAUUAUUCUCUUUUUUCUAGAUCGUCAAGAAUGUAUACUGGAUGAAAGACAAGCCUAAACAUGCCCAUAACAUACACACACACACACACACACACACGCACACACACACACACACGCACACAUGCACACACGCACACUCUCUGCGUGCAGCACCUUUCUUGUUCGGUUUGACAUGUAUUCAAGAAUGAGGAGCUUUUGGUUUCUAUCUUUGGAGCAAAUGAAAAGAAGACUUUUUAAAACAAGAUCGAUGUAAAGAGUGAGCGAUGAACAGACAAAGAAAGGAGGGAAACUGUGGGGAAAGAGAAGAGAAAGUUUAAUAGAUGUAAAAAAUAAAAAACAAAUGUUCUGCUGGUUGUUGUGCUGAAUGUGCUGAAGAAAGGAAGGGUUUGCUCAUCAGAGUCCUGCAUGUACAUCUCAGCUGACAGUUUCUAUCUUUCCAAUGAUACACUAAUAUCACAACACACCUGUUAUGUAAGCCUGGUGGUAUUGUGAUGUUGGUUGGAGCAGUGGUUACUGUCAGCUUGCGUGGGAGCAGUACGGAGUGGGUGUAUAGUAUUGGGAUGUUUGUGCAAUCUUGAUGUCAGAUGCCAUUGACACUAGUGUACAGCUUAGUUUGCUUUUAUUUUGGACAGCACAUAGUUUACAUUAUUAAAUAUGUGGAGGAUUUCCAGGAGGUGUUCUGCUUAAUUCUGUAUCCGAGAGCUUCUUGCAAAUGCCUUUUACUUUCUGUAGAGAAAUAUCUGUCACGAGAAGGGUCUUUUUUUAUGUAUUUGGCCAUGUAGAGAAAAAGAUUACUGGUGUCUAGAAGUGCAUUUAGUGAACCAAGGUGGUUACAAGCUUUGUAAACUGCCAUUUUGUAUACUGUAAAAAAAAAAAAAAAAAUUUUUGCUCUAU